UCCACGCAACAAUAUUUCGGGCUCUUCAGAGCCAAUUUUAUCCCUCUCAAAGCCACUUCUUCGUUCAAAUUCACCAAAACUUUCUGGGGGUAGGGAGGGGAAAAAAAAAGCAAAAGCGGAGAACAAUUCGAACUCCAAAUGCAAGUGCAACACUGCAACAAUGAACAAUGGCAAGCUUGUAAUAAAUGAACUCUCUCCCCUCAUCAGAACCUUACACUCUCUCUCAACGAAUCCCAACCCAAACUCCAUUUCCCUCCCAAAUCCAUCCUCAAUAGCCUCUGCCCUCCAACACUUCAUCAAUUCAAAUUCGCCCUCUCCAGGCCAAUCCAUUCAUGCCCACAUUCUCAAAUCUGGGUUCAAUUCCACCACAAACAUUUCUAUCAAGCUACUAAUCCUACACGUUAAGUCUGGUUCGCUCUACAAUGCACGCAAGGUGUUCGAUAAAAUGCUGAAGCCAACUCUAUCUGCAUACAAUUAUAUGAUAGCUGGGUAUUUCAAAGCAAACAUUUUUGAUGAAUCUCUACAACUUAUUAGAAAGAUUGCGUUAUCUGAUGAAAGGCCAGAUGGGUUUACCUUGUCGAUGGCUCUGAAGAUCUCUGGGGUGAAUUUUUCACUUCGUCUAGCGAAACAAGUACAUUCCCAGAUUGUGAGAUUGGAACUAGAAAAGGACGAGGUCCUGUUUGCAGCGUUAAUUGAUUCCUAUGUGAAGAAUGGGAAGCUUAGUUAUGCUAGGAGUAUAUUCGAGUCAAUGCCGAAUAGGAAUCUUGUGUGUUCCACUGCUUUGCUUGUGGGAUAUAUGAAUGAACAAUUAUUUAUAGAUGCUAAAAGAAUAUUUGAUACAAUCAUAAGAAAGGAUAUAGUGAUAUAUAAUGCAAUGAUUGAAGGGUACAGCAGAACUGCUGAAACUGCCAUGAGAUCACUUGAAUUGUAUAAAGACAUGCAGAGUUUCAAUUUCAUGCCAACAGUUUCUUCUUUUGUGAGUGUGAUUGGAGCAUGCUGUCUCUUGUCAGCCCUUGAAUUUGGUGUACAAGUUCACAAUCAAAUCAUCAAGAUGAAUGAUUUCUCCCAUGUAAAGUGUGGGAGUGCCCUUGUUGAUAUGUACUCCAAAUGUGGUAGAAUAAAACAUGCACGAAGUAUUUUCGAUCGAAUGCCAGAAAAGAAUGUGAUCACUUGGACAGCGAUGAUUGAUGGAUAUGGAAAAAAUGGAAUUGCUGAUAAUGCUCUCGAGCUGUUCAACUUGAUGAGAGAUAGUAGGGUUAAACCAAAUCAUGCUACAUUUUUGAGUGUUUUAUCAGCUUGUGGUCAUGCUGGACUAGUAUCCAAUGGUAAGGAGGUUUUUGAGAGCAUGGAGAAGGAUUUUGGACUAAAACCGAGAAUGGAGCAUUAUGCUUGUAUGGUGGAUAUACUAGGACGAUCAGGGAACUUGAGUGAAGCGUAUAAUUUUAUUCUAAGGAUUCCCGAGAAGCCAAAUUCUGAUGUUUGGGCUGCAUUGUUAGGAGCUUCAAGGUUCUAUGGGGAUGUAGAGAUGGCAGAUAUUGCAGCGAAGAAGGUUUUUGAAUUGACAGGUAAAGAGAGGCCUGGGGCUUAUAUGGCCCUCUCUAAUGCCUUUGCUGCUGUUGGGAAUUGGGAUGGUGUUAGUGAAGUGAGGGAGUUGAUGAAAGUGAGGGGGGUAUCUAAAGGCGCAGGUCGUAGUUGGCUGGGGACGGACAAAAGCUGAAUCGAAAUCCACUGCUAAGUUAUUUACAUGAGCUCCAACAUCAUCAAGACUUAAGAUUGUUACUAUCUUAAGAUGCCUUAAAUUUUUUACUUGGGUAAGAAUUUGAACGGUUCUCUGAAUUGAGCAAGCACAACCGAAUUUUCCGUGCAGGUUUUACAUCUGAUAUAACAUUGCGAGAAAAAAAUAAAUGUGACGAAGUUGUCUGAGUUGUACCAUUACCAUUUCUGAAUUCGUUAUUUUUAUGUUUGUAUUUUUUACUUCGCAUUGAGACUGGACGUCUGAGAUUGAAGUUCUGUAAUUCUUUAGUUCAGGCUGUUCUAUUCUUCUCUCAGGGGAAAUUUCCUUUCUAUGAAGUGUUAUUUCUCUAUUUUUAUUUUCUUUUAUUUAUUUAUUCUUUUUCUACUUUC